UUCCGGCUUGCGUGGCGCCUCUGGGAGUUGUAGUCUCUCCCUACCGCUCGUGCACUCAAGAUCCCAGCGUACUCAGCGCCGCAGCCUCGCCUACCCCCCAUUCCCACCCCCACCUCGCUUGUCUACGCCACGGGCGCGGGGCAUGUCGGAUGUUGUAGUCUGGCGCUGGACGGCCUGUGAUUGGCGGAGGCGGCUCCGGGGCAGGGGACGGACUCGCUUUCCCAGAGAGCCGCGCGGCGCGGCCUGGAGCAGCCCCGGGGACUGAGUGUGUGUGGCGGCCGCGGGGAGGGAGCCGCUGAGCCCGGCACCAUUCAGCGCUUGUACGCCUCGCUCCUCAGCAUGAGCGGCGCCAACCGGGCCCGGCCCGAUUCCUUCGGUGACCAGGGUCAGGCUGGGGCUGCCAAGGGGCCCGUGACCGGGGGGGCCGCGGGGAGCGGUCCCUCUGUGCCCGUGGGCUUCAGCGCUAUCAAGCUGGGCAGAGACAAUGGUAAAGUAACUACCGUAGUGGCCACUCCUGGUCAGGGGCCUGACCGUCCCCAGGAAGUGUCCUAUACGGACAUUAAAGUAAUUGGCAAUGGGUCCUUUGGUGUAGUGUACCAGGCGCGACUCGUGGACUGUGGGGAGAUGGUGGCUAUAAAGAAAGUGCUGCAGGACAAGAGAUUUAAGAAUCGUGAACUUCAGAUCAUGCGUAGGCUGGAUCAUUGUAACAUUGUGCGUCUACGAUAUUUCUUCUACUCCAGCGGAGAGAAGAAGGAUGAGGUCUAUUUAAACUUGGUCCUGGAUUUUGUCCCGGAAACAGUCUAUCGUGUUGCUCGGCACUUUGCAAAAGCCAAAUCCACGCUGCCGUCCAUCUAUGUGAAGGUGUACAUGUAUCAGCUAUUCCGAAGUCUUGCUUAUAUCCAUUCUCAAGGCGUCUGCCACAGGGAUAUCAAGCCACAGAACCUACUGGUUGAUCCAGACACAGCGGUCCUUAAACUAUGUGACUUUGGCAGCGCAAAACAACUGGUACGUGGGGAGCCGAAUGUGUCCUAUAUCUGUUCCCGCUAUUACAGAGCACCGGAGCUUAUAUUUGGAGCUACAGAUUACACUGCGAACAUUGACAUAUGGUCGGCGGGCUGCGUCCUUGCAGAACUACUCUUGGGUCAGCCCAUAUUCCCUGGGGACAGUGGAGUGGACCAGUUGGUGGAGAUCAUUAAGGUUUUAGGAACUCCCACAAGGGAACAAAUCCGAGAGAUGAAUCCUAAUUAUACAGAGUUCAAAUUCCCCCAAAUCAAAGCACACCCCUGGACAAAGGUCUUUAAACCCCGUACCUCUCCUGAAGCCAUUACAUUGUGCAGCCGACUUUUGGAGUACACUCCAGACACUCGUCUCUCCCCUCUACAAGCCUGUGCACACUCCUUCUUUGAUGAACUCCGCGACCCCAACACACGUCUCCCGAGCGGCAGGGAAUUACCUCCCAUCUUCAAUUUCAGUUCUGUAGAACUCUCCAUUCAGCCGUCGCUGAACACCGUCCUCAUACCUAACCAUUUGCAGCAGUCUCAUUUGCACGGUGAGGGGCGACCUGGAUCAGACAGACUUAAAUCCAGCGAUGUGGCAGAUCUCAGCACUUCCUGAGGACCCAUGCCCUUUUUUCAUCCGGGCUCCUCUCCUGUUUCCCAGCUGGCAUCUGACACUGGUGUGUGUGUGAGAUGAGCUUGGUUCAUGGGCAUCACUCCAUUUUCCCAUUUUCAGCUCCAGUCACUGACUUUUGAUGAUCGUUUACAAUGUGGUCAUCGGCAAAGGGGUUUUAAUCGUCCCCUACCCAGCAAAUAUUUUGUCUUUCAAAAGUCAUGGAUCCCCUUCUUAACUGCACAUAAGCCAAUGCCUGUAACACUGUAGAGAGCUGCUCCGGAGAACGUCAGAAGUUUGGGUAAAGAGGCGUCACGGGAACAUCUGCCUCUCAUCUGAUUAGGGGGGCCCCCUGCCAGAGGGCGGAGUGUAGGGACAAUCAAUUAUUCCCUAAAAGGUUAUUAGCCAAUGUUUUGAGAUCAUGUUGGAAAGUGUUUGAACUGGGCAGAGGCACACUAUCUGUAGAACUUUUUUUUUUUUUGUACAUUUCCCACCACACCUAAAAUUCUUCCCAUGUCAAUGUUACGAAAUUGAACAGCUCUUCUACAAUGGUCCCUCAAGUUCCUUAUUGCUGAGGUAUGAGAUAAUGGAGUCCUGUAAUGUAGCUGUAUAGGCAUUGCUUGUCUGUGUAUGUCAGUGAUCCCUCCCCGUGUACCAGAUAGAGUUUGAUCUGUAAAACUGCAGAAUCCUUGACACUGCUGCUCUUUCUGGGGGUGGUGUCUAUGGGUUAAGAGUAUGAAUCUGCUUGUACAGGGGGCAACCUCUGUUUAUGUUUUGUAGCACUGACUACUGCAGCAACCACCUGUUACUGCACUAUAGGAUUUCAUUAUGCAGCACCUAUCCUGCAGCAAGUAUAGGUGGAUCUUUAAUAAAGCUGCCCGCUUGUGCUAGGUAAACCCUAGUUUAGCUCUUUCAGUGUAUUGGUCCACAGCGUGAGGUAUGGCUAAGUUUUGCAAGAUCAUUGGGGGUCGGAGUCUGGAUGGGUGUCCUACUCUGUUAACGGCUGUAUAGCUGAAAGAGCUAUUAGCUUGAGGCUCCUGGGUACUUUGGUACUGUCCAAGGUAACACCUAUGUUACACUCUGCAAGUUGGUUCAGUCCUCUUGACUUUCAGUUGACACAAUCCUUGCUGAGGUAAUUUUAAAAUGUCUUUUAGAAGCAGGCAGGGCAUGCUGAAAUCUGUAGUUCUAGUACAGCUUGAAUCGCUGUAUUCGCUCCACUACUUAUAGACGCUUUCUUUUGUACCUUGGCGUUGGAUCAGGGUUUUUUUUUUUAUCCACUAGAGUUUUUAAAGCUGUCACCACAACUGCCGGCUACACUGAGAAGUGAUGGAACUGUAAUAGUCUUAAUUAGUGGUAAUGUAGCAGAUCUGUGUAUUAGAACUUCUAGAUAAACACACUCCAUUGUUUUGAGGGUUUAUCCCCCAGCAGUGUGCUAUCAAAGUAAUCCAUCGAAGGCACUAUUCCCUUGUUCCUUGCCUGGCUUCUAUUUUUUACUAGUUUUAAUUAUAACCUAUAUCUUACCUGUAAUGUUUUAUCUUUGUAGAAAGUAUAUAAAUGAUACCACUCCUGAAACAAUCCGUAACUAGUUCCUCCAGUUAGGAUGCAUUGAGCUUGCGGUUGUUAGACCACAGCAGUGUGAUGUGCAGCUGCAAUGUGCCGUCUUAGUGGUGGUAGGGUACCAUUGUAUCACUGCGCUCAAGAGAGCAUUUUAGUAAAGUUGUAACAAAAAAAAACAAACAAAAAACUUUUAAAGCGACAUGAAAACUUGUAUUACCCAAUGAGAGAAGAGAUUAAUCUGACCUCCUUCUGGUUUAAGAGCUUUAGUUUUGUCUUGGGGCUUCUUCUUCUUUUUUUUUUUUUUUUGUUUUUUUUUUUGUUUAAAUAUGUGAAAUGUUUUUAGCUCCUGAUGAGAUGUGCUGAUAAUGUGGGAUGCCUGUCUUUGGUUUUGGAGGGUAGGGGGGCGCAUACCUGCAAGAAUCCAGGCCAUGUGUCAUAAUCUUGUCUGCUAAGGGUUUCUUCACAGACCACAUCAGUUGGUAUGCUGAAGUUCGUAUUGUGUACUGUAUGACUUUUUAAGGCCUGGUUAGUAUCUGGGAAACAUGGCCUCCUUUUCUUUCUCCGGCACGAUCACUUCAGACCUAUUUUAAGAUCCAUAUUACCACCGCAUGAAUUGGAGCUCAUUGUUCCCUAUGGGAAGUGGACUUUCUAGAAACAGACUGUUACCAAACAGCUGAUGGAUAAUGGAUUUAAGCGACUAUGCAGGUAGUGCCUGCAGCGCAUUAUCCAUGGUGUAAUGUUCUGUUUGCAUGAAAUAAGCCACUUCACAUAAUACUCACUUAGGGUUAUGGAACACUGGACAGGCAUCUGGUCUGCUUUCCUUACCUUUUGUUCCUCCCUACUAGUUCUUUGUGUUGCACUGAAGAUCCCUGGCAACCUUUUAGGAUAUGGGAUCAAAAAAAAUUUUUUUUUUAUUACCCGUUGCCUAUAUACAGUAGAUUUUGUGGGUCGAACCAAUACGCAGGCUGUCGGCUCACUAGGAACUAGUGACAUAACCUGGGCAAAGGGCUCCUCCUUUUUUAGGCCUUCCUGAAUGCUGAUGGGUUUUUAGGUAUUGAUUAACCCUACAAAAUAGUUGCCUCUGCAUAAUCCCCCGUGCAAGAGUUCCCACUUUAAAGCAGGUGACUCUAUUGCAGCCAGUUUCCUUGUGUGUAAUUGGAGCAGUGAGGAUUGUUAGGCUUGCUGCAGUUACUCAUUAAAUCUGGAUUUUCUGCUAACUUGGCUGCUUGUCCUGGCAGCAGUUACCACCCAGACUUGCUCAUUCACCCAUUCUUUCCGUUUUUUUGUUUUCCAACCUCUGUGGGUCAAGUUUGGAAUAUAUAUAUAUACGCCCUGCCUUUAUUUUCUUGUAAAUAUAUAUAUUUUCCUCGUACUACAGAUUCUUGUACCUGAGAAUAUGUAGCAAUUGAUUUCUUUGUAAAUAUGUUCAUUUUGUUUUAUUUUUUUAUUUUAUUUCUUAAAUGAUAAUGUUGAGUCCACCUUGAUUUCUCCCUCCCCUGUCUUCCUGAUCUCCUCCUCCUCCCUACCCACCCACUUUUAUUUUCAUUUUUUUUUUUUUUUUUUUUUUUUGGUCCCUUCCCUCUUUUAUUCCUGUUUUUAGAAUCAAGACGUGAAUACUGUAUUGUUGUAGAAGCAAAACAAAAGCCAGGAUGUAGUUUGAUAGAAGCCCGGCCUCCUGUCUCUGGGCUGCUGUGGUUUCUGGAAAUGUACAGCAAUCUUCAAUAAAUUAUUGGCAUGAAGAAAA